ACGCCCCCAUCCCAUGCUGACUCAGCGUCUAUGAUUUCAAGAAACAAGACAAGUACACUGCAUAUAAUACUGCUGCACAGAAGAAAGUAUUAAAGAGCAGCGAGAUUCUGAGAGCAUCAAAGAAAACAGGUCUACAAUACUGCUAUACAGAAGGUGUACCAAACAGAGGAGAAGUUUGUGUACAGAAGAGCUGAUACAAUUUGUUUCACCAAGCGCUUAAACGAGCAGGGCGGCCCGUUUCUUUUUUAUUAUACGAGAUAUGAACAAUCUAUUGUAACCUAAUUGAGCUCCAUAAGUUGUUAUGUCAGAGGAAUUUAAUCGAGGUGGGAAUGAAGGAUCUGCCGAGGAACGGAAUAGGGAACAAGACGAUGUGCCACGCCCACUAGAGCUUAGUGUUGGUGCUUUAAGGACACUCAGUAGCGGCUCGGAUCGGUCACGCUCUAGUAGCGGUUCAGAGCAGAUACCAUGUCAACCGGGACGUAGUCCGAGUGGGGGGAGCACACUGUUUCGUCCGUUACUAACAACGACAGGGCAGAUAUGGCUGGACCAAUCAGAGGUGACUGUGGGUGCAUCAGUGUGUGUACGUUGGGAAGUAACCCAGUCCGUGACUGAGAUGGAUUUUAUUGGCAUCUUCGAGUGUCUCGAGGAUCCAGCUGCCCCAAUUGACAUAGACGGACUAUUGGAUGCUCGUCUUCGUGGUGUGAGCAACUCUCACAAUGGAGAGAUACACUGGGUCAUGGAGGAGAUGCUCUUUGUAGGCAGGGAAUCUACGACAGUUGUGUUCUGUUACCUUGACGACCACGCCACUCUGCGAGCUCGUAGCCCUCGGCUAGUGGUGACCAAUCCCGCGGCUGUGGCCACCACUGUAGUCCCGCCCCUCCAGCGAACACUCAGCCAAAUUACAGACCCUAUCGAGAUCAAAGUCUUGAAUUUCCGAUGUUCCAAUCUUCGUUCCAAGAUGUUUGGUCCCCCAUCCCCGUACCUCAGGUUCCAAGUGAAACCUCCCCGUGGAGACAGACAGCUGCCCCAUCAUCGCCAGAGGAUGGAGUCGAUGGCUCUACCCAACCAACUCAACCCAGCAUGGAGAGAGCAAUUUGCGUUUCAAGUUUUACCGACUGAUCUCCUCGAGGUGGAGGUGAGGAACAAGUUCUCGGUCACCCGACCCUCCGUUACUCACUUCCUGGGUCGCGUGAGGUGUCCACUGGCUUUGUUCCUGCAGCAGCCGGGAGGAAGUACGGAGGUGUUUCACCUUGAGAAAAGGUUACCAAUCGACCGUGUCCAAGGCAACAUCACACUGACCAUCCAACAUGAACUGGAUCUGGGACAGACUGAAGCCGAAGACAGUCUCCCCACUGCCACCAUCACAGCUCCACCCCCUACAGAAGUGAUUAACGUUAUCACACAUGAAGUGAUUAGUUCUGACGAAGAGAGCGUCUCGCCUUUGGUCAGUUUACAGAGCAUUGUGGAAGACAGACAAAAUGACAAUAUCAUCCCUAUACAACUGAGCGUCCAAUCAGAAUCAAUAACUGAGUCACAUGACCAAGAACCCCCUGAUAAUGCCCAACCAGCUCCAACACCCAGUAUACAGAUAACCACCGAUCCCUCUGCUGCUAGGCAACACGGCGAGGAUGACCCUGUAAUUAGUGAGAGCCCCUCAUACAGACGACAGCAGUCCCAUCCUCAAACCAGCUUUACGAUGAUUCGACAAACACUACACAGUCGGAGACACGCCUCUUUCCAUGGCCCACGAACUGUUAGUAGAACUGUAGACUUCAUCAGGAGCAUGAAUGUUCCCUCUGAAGCUUCCGCCAGUACCACCUCCAGUCUCACUGAAACACUGCCCCCAAAUUGGGAGGCGAGGAGGGACGGCACUGGAAGGCAGGUGUACUAUGAUCACGAACACAAAGUGGUCAGACUGGACAAACCAGAUCAAGAAACAGGUGGUGGCGGCACAGACAUUGAGCAGUUCGUUCAACGGUUCACACGUAACUUGUUCCUACGGCAGGGCAGUCACCAGCCCACCACCCUCACACCCUCACCACUGGCACGCAGUCACACCAUCUCAGGGGCACAGCCGUCUCGUAACCAGAGCCAGGGCCAAAAUUCAAUUCAACCUAUUAACCCUUUAAGUACUGUAUCGACGGCUACAUCUAAUAACCCUUUGAGUGCUGAGGCCGGCCUCAAUCUUACACUGGAAUCAUUUGAAGGUACCGAAGAUGUUGUUGAAGUGAGUGGCAAAGAAGUUCAUGAAGAUGAAACAGCUGUCGCUGAAAAAAGCGAUGAGGAGGAGGUUAAGUCAAAGGAUACAAAUGUCGCCAUGGAAACGGAGAUACGUAAGGUCCCGCGACAGGAGAGUGUGAACAUGGAAAUAAGACAGUCCCCUGGUUUCAAGUUCAUUACUAGACCAGACCUUUUCAAGUUUGCAAAGGAUGUGAGUCACGAGACGUUCUUCAAGAACCUCCCAGUACUGGAGCUCAUUCAGGCUAUCCGCAAUGACCACACCCUCUACACCAAGUACCAGCACAGCAGUAAGCUGGUGGCCAUGCUCAACAGCUUUGCUCAUACAGACUGUGACCUGCCCUCAGAAUGGGAGAAGAAGGUGGAGCCCAAGACUGACAAGCACGUGUUCAUCGAUCACAGCUCAAGGUUCACCACGUACAUAGACCCACGGUUACCGUAUCCUGGCAACAACCUCACGAAGAAAGGGGGAUCCUCCUCCGUGGGCAUGGUGGCAAGGUCUCGACCGUUUGAAACUGACAGAACACAAUCAGACUCCCAAUCGACCAAUCAGAAUACACCACCACCACUUCCACCUCGUGCUCCAGAAAGAAUCGCAGUCUCAUCUCCAGCAGCAAGUUACAGUGAGAGGGUGUGCCAGUUCCUACAGCAACCCAACAUCUUCACCCAGCUGAUAACUCGCAACCCCGGACCACUGUCAAUUGAUCUCAGACAAGCCAUUAUUCGCAUUCAGAGCGGGGGGCCCUCAGUAAUGGAGGCAAUACAAAACGAGUCGGAUGAUAUCUCCUUUGACCUCACCAUGUUGCUCAGUUUAUUUGAAGAGGAAAUCUCUCACUUCCUGUUCUCUGUGCCUACGGUUCACCAAGACGACACAGACGAUGAUGACGACACUGAUUCGUUUUUGAGCUCUGGCUCAGAUCAUUAUAUUCCUAUUACCUCGUCACGCACUGAUCAGAAUUUAGGCUCUGACUCAGAUGAUACUUCUAAUUCCCCGUCCUUUACGCCUGCGGUAAUUAACCACGAAGACGACUUUGUUGACUCUGACUCUUACUCAUUUGACUCAUCGCUCUCACCAUCUCCGACAAGCAACUCUCUCACUUUAUUCAACGAAGUGAUACCCGAGAUGAUACCACCUCCUCCACCGCCCCCUUCACUGUUGCCAGGACAACAUAUACCGUCAUCUCCCCCUCCACCACCAUUGCCAGGGCAACAGAUACCACCACCACCACAACAGCUAUCUCCACCGCCCCCUCCACCAUUGCCAGGGCAACAGAUACCACCUCCACCACCAUUCCCAGGGCAACAGCUAUCUCCACCGCCCCCUCCACCAUUGCCAGGGCAACAGAUACCACCUCCACCACCAUUGCCAAGGCAACAGCUAACUCCACCGCCUCCUCCACCGUUUCCAGGGCCGCUACCAGAGUACCCAAUGAUGGAUCCGCUCUCCCCUACUCCACCCCCUCUACCACCAUUACCAGGGCAGCGACGAGCACUCUGGUCAUCAUCACAACGCCGCUCUCUUGCCCCCAGCCCACCCCCUGCACAGGACACAGGACUCAACCAUAUGUCUGCUGAGGUUGCUACUACAACAGGAGCAGCUGAUAGCAGCGAAAAUGAAGACCAUUUGCUUGCUGGUUUGCCUACGAGUCAGGUUCGAGAGUUUUUCCAACAGUCCAAUAUCUACCAGCUGGUUCUGCGGAGAUACAAUGGUAUAUCGGCCACGAGGAGGAUGUAUAUCCAGCUCUUGGAGAUGGACACUCUCGACGAGAUGGAGAAUCGCGUGAGAACAAAUGAAGAGUUUGCACAAUUUUUGAGGGACAUGGCCAUUCAGUAUCUGCCAGGUGCUCAAGGCUAUGUAGAGGAUACUAGCGAUGCAGCAGGUGCUAGCAAUGUGGGGGGUGUUAGCAAUGCGGGGGGUGGAAGUGAAGACAAUACCAUCGUUGUUAAUCACCAGUUCCUUGGUCUACCAGUUCGCCGUAUCCUAGAGUAUUUGCUUGACGCCGCUAAUUCUUUAGAGGCCUAUGGACAAUCGCACGUGGUACCAACGAUACGCACUGCUAGUGUACCAGAGUUUGAGAGGCUACUGACGGAAAACUCCUCCUUACAGGCCUUGGUCAUAGCGCACCAAACUGAAAUUGAAACUUACAUUACAUCAGUGACCGUUGACGAUUCACUUCCUACACCAACGGAGAUACAACUCUACUUUAAUCGUUCUAGCAAUUGGUCGGUUGUCCUUGCCCACAUACGUGUUCCAAGUUCUGAGGACAGGGCCAUGGUGGACCGCAUUCGUUCACUGACACCAAACCAGCUCUCGGAUAGACUCACCUGGGACGGAAUAAUGAAACGUUUUAUCGAGGCGUGUGCUGACCGUAUCCGGCUCUACAGCGAGACAGGAGCCAACGAGUCUGCUGAACCAGUCGCACAACCCAGUACAGUCUCCGAAGCUCGAUUACUGGCAAAGGAGGACUUCAUCCACAAGCUGCAAAGGUUCCAAAAUAAACUGGAUUCCCAUGGUUACGCCGACUCGACCUCCCGCAUUCAAGAGGUAACCAUAGACAGAGAGAAGUUGUUGGAGAAGGCCUACUCUUUCCUCAUGGGUACUUCUGCCAAGGUCCUGCGAAGGAGUCGCUGUAACAUCAGCUGGAGUGGGGAAGCAGGACUAGACUACGGUGGACCUCAGAGGGAGUUUUUCUUCCGUCUAUCUCGCCAGCUGUUCAACCCGUACUACGGCCUGUUUGAGUACUCUGCCCACGGCUCCUACACCAUCCAGAUCAGCCAGCACUCCAGUAACAUACCGGACGCCAUGCAGUGGUUCCGAUUCGCUGGUCGUCUGAUUGGCUACGCUAUCAUUCAGGGCACUCUACUAGAUGUGUUCUUUGCUCGACACGUUUACAAGGCUCUCUUAGGAAAGAAAUGUGUCGUGAGUGACAUGGAGGCCAUAGACAUAUCGUUCUACAACAGUCUUCAGUACGUGCAACACAACGACCCCGAGCCAUUGGACCUCAACUUUGCCGUUCUUGAAGAGACCUUUGGAGAAACCUCAGAGUACGAGCUCAAACCUGGCGGUGCCGACAUCGUAGUCACCAACUCUAACAAGGUUGAGUACAUGAACCUCAUGAUCCAGUGGCGCGUAUCUCGUGGGACCGGCCCCCAAACUGAGAGCCUGGUGAAAGGAUUGCGAGAGAUGAUGCCAUUGGCUUAUCUCAAAAACUUCGAUGCUCAGGAACUCGAGUGGGUCAUCGCAGGAACUGCAGAGAUUGAUAUUGAUGAUUGGAAGAACAAUACCGUCUACUAUGGAGGCUACAGUAAUACGCACAAGGUCAUCAAGUGGUUCUGGAGGGCAGUGGUGGAGUUCACCAAUGAACAGAAGCUGCGACUGUUACAAUUUGUUACUGGCACGUCUAGUGUUCCAUUUGAGGGUUUCAAAGCCCUGAGGGGAUCUGGGUCUAUCCAGAGGUUUACCAUUGACUCAUUGGAAUCAUCACGUUCUCUACCAAUAGCUCACACCUGCUUCAACAGACUCGAUCUUCCUGGAUACCAAUCAUUUGAAACUUUACGUGACAAACUUACCUUAGCUAUCGAAGAAUGUGGAACUUUUGAGAUGGCAUAAAUAUUUUUUUAGUGGGAUUUUUAUUUAGUGCAUUUUGAUUUUAUAUCACCUGUUGAGAGAGAGAAA